CUUAUGACGUUUUUAAUACCAGCUUUACGUAAGCAAUGAAAAUGACUUCUUCAGGAAAUUCGGAAGACACCUCUCAAGCGGAUCUCUCAGCUCGUGUUUCUGUGCCAUUUCCGUCGGAGAGAGACGCAGAGAUAGUGUACAACUCGCUCCGAAUUGACUCUGACCCAAAGAGAUCUGGCUGCUCCAAGAAACUGACCUUGGAAGGACGCGUGCUCGCAGCGAGCUUCACUGCUAAGGAAGCAAAACAGUUGAGGGUCAGUGUCAACUCCUUUUUUGACCUUCUAUUGCUUGCCAUCAACACAGUUCACCGAUUUGGCCCUGCCUCCUGAGCCAUUUUGCUGUGACAGCUUGAGUAGGCCACUGCAGCAGACAUUCCUGACAUGGCCAUCAAGACACCGGCGCCUUUGGCCAGCCGGGCGAUCUAUGGCUAUGUUUUGUAUGUGUCGUGCCACUUGGGACUUGCUCUUUAUGUGCUUUGGGCAUACAUCCCAAGUUCUUGGCUGAAGGCAAUGGGCAUCACCUACUUUCCUGACAAGGUGUGGGCCAUUGCCGUGCCUCUGGCUGGUGUCGUGGCCAUAUUGGUGUUUGGCUUCUUCCUCUAUCCCGCCAUCAUCGCCUUUGCUACAGCCCCAAUGGACUCUCCAUCCACCAUUUGUGAUAAGUACUCUGUUUAUGACUACAGAAAGCCACCCAUCGAUGGUGCCAUACCACCAAUCAAGGACAUCCACAUUUCACAGGUGUGCAAUGAACUGUACCGAAGUGAUUGCCAGAAUUAAAAGCUCCUGUUACUGCUUUUUAAAAGCAAA